AUGGAUAACAUUUGUGAAAUUGUUCCAUCUAUUCGUGGAAUGGAUAAAAUUAAUAUUAAUGGCUUUCUUAUGGUCAAGGAUAAGUGCCGUAACAAUGCAUUCUACUGGUAUUGUGAAAAUAGAGAUGAAAUGGGAUGCACUGGUCGUGCAGUUACUAGGUUAAUUAAUAAUCAACAUUAUCUUAAAAGUGCAUCAAACCAUAUUCAUGCAGCACAGGCAAGCAGAGCAGAAGUUGUGAAGACAAUUGCUAGAAUUAAAGAACAUGCACGGUUAACUAAUAAAAAGCCAACACAACUCUUGCAAACAGCAAUCACUAACAGUCCUCAUUAUGUAUAUCAGUAUCUUCCAUCAUCCAAUGCAAUUCGUCAAACAGUUCAGAGAAUCUGA